AGGUUACUUAUAUAUAUAUAUUUUUUAUCACUUCAUUAUUUUAUUUGCUUUUUCAUUUUGUUUGGAGUGCAAUUUGAAUUUAGAAAUGUAUUUGAUUUAAAUUUUUUGUUUUUUCAAUAAAUUAAUGUAAUUUUCAAUGCAAAAUCACUAAAGCAAGAACAUUCAAUGAUCCCAGAGACCGGGGUUGCCUAUGUAAUUGGAUAUUGCGAUAUAUACAUAUAUAUAUAUCAUGAAGGAGGGAACAAAACGAAUUUAUUCACACACAUGAUGUAUUUUCCCAGACAACGAAAUACCCAACCGGUAGAUAAUGCACAGAUGAAGCAGGUUCUUUGCCAGAGAGAUGUUGACAGCUGCUGUAAAGCCAUCUUUCAAAAAGUUGAACAACACACAUUUUAAUUGCACUUAAUGUUUUUCCAGUUUCAUUUGAAUUUUUAGUUAAAAUAAAUAAAAAAUAUAGUUCAAAGUUUGAAAUCAAGGUGUCUUGCUUUAUUGUGUAGGCUUAACCCUGCUUAAAGAAAAUUACCCCAUAGUACCACCUAGCGUCCAACCAGCAGUAAUACUGGUGUUCGUUGGUUUCCUGUGGAGUUUUUGUUUUUCUGCGACCAACCGACCAAUCAAAACUUGGUCGACCAAGAUGCUUCUCAUCGACUAACGUUUGGUAGACUAUCAGGGGGCAGCCCUAGUUGACACCAAAUUGAUUCGAGACUUUUUCUAUUAAACACAAACCCAAGGCAGACUAGAGAACGUUGCCCGCAUAAUGUAAACAUCCACUGUUGAGCUAAAACAUUAUGACCACCUGCCUAAUAUGAUGUUGGUCCUCUGCAUGCCACCAAAACAGUGCAGACCUGCCGAGGCAGGUACUCUCUUCAUCAUGUUCCUCAAACCAUUCCUGAACAGAGUGUGCAGUGUGGCAGAGUGCAUUAUCCUGCUGAAAGAGGCCACCGCCAUCAGGGAAUACCAUUGCCAUGAAGGGGUGUGCCUGGUCUGCAAUGAUGUUUAGGUAGGUGGCACAUGUCAAAUUGACAUCCACAUGAAAGGCCCAACCCAGAGUUUCCCAGCAGAACAUUGCCCAGAGCAUCACACUCCCUCCACCAGCUUGUCGUCUUCCCACAGUGCAUCCUUGGUGCCAUCACUUCCCCAGGUAAACACUGCACACGUACAUUGCCAUCCAUGUGAUGAAAAAGAAAACGUGACUCAUCGGACCAGGCGACCUUCUUUCUCUGCUCCAAGGUCCAGUUCUGACACUCACGUGCCCAUUGUAGGCACUUUUGACGGUGGACAAGGGUCAUCAUGGGCACUCUGACCAGUCUGCAGCUACGCAGCCCCAUACGCAGCAGGGUGCGAUGCACUGUGUGUUGUGAUACAUUCCUCCCAUAACCAUCAUUAAUAUUUUCUGUGAUUUGUGCCACAGUAGACCUUCUGUCAGUUCGGACCAGACGGAAUACCCUUUGUUGCCCUCACGCAUCAUUGAGCCAUGGGUGCUCAACACCCUGUCAAUGGUUUAUCCCUCCUUAGACCACUGUCAUGUGGGGAGGGAUGGUCUGAUCCAGGUUCAUUCAAGGUGUGAAGUUAAUGAGCAGGUUCAGAAAGAUCCAGUGUCUAUCACCUGUGGACACAGUUUCUGCAAACACUGUAUCAGCUGCUACUGGGACCAAACCAUUCCAUCUGAAGACUUUGACUGUCCUCAAUGCAGAAAGAGAUCUAGAACACACCCUGUUCUAUACACACACAAAGUCAUGGGAGGAUCCAGUUCUGCUGGUUCUGUUCACUUCUACACAGAACCAGACCGGCAGGAGGAGAUUGGAGACCUGGAGCAGGAUUCUCUCCGACCAGUAAAUAAUGUCCUGCAGAGAGUCAAAGACCAACACAAAGCCAGCAUGAAGAACAAAUAUGAGAUCUUAUUUGAGGGAAUCAAGCUACAAAUGAAUCAAACCCUCCUGAACAGGAUUUACACACAGCUCUACAUCAUAGAGGGUGAGAGUGAAGGGGUGAAUAAAGAACAUGAGGUUUUAAACAUGGAGAAAACACCCAGAACUCAACACUUACAAGACACUCCAAUCUACUGCAAUGACAUCUUUAAACCCUUACCUGAACCAGGAUGUGAGGAGAAGAGAAAAGACCAAAUAAAGACUGUUCUUACUAAAGGCAUAGCUGGAAUUGGAAAAACAGUCUCUGUGCAGAAGUUUAUUCUGGACUGGGCCGAGGGAAAAGCCAAUCAGGAUGUAGAUUUCAUGUUUGUGCUUCCAUUUCGAGAGCUGAACUUGAUUAAAGAUGAGCAGUACAGUCUUCACAAACUUCUGCUGGACUUUUAUCCUGAACUUCAGGAUCUGGACUCAAAGAUUUAUGAUGAGUGUAAAGUUGUGUUCAUCUUUGAUGGUCUGGAUGAAAGCAAAAUUCCACUGAUGUUUUCAGACAGUGAGAAAGUUUCUGAUGUGACUAAGACUUCAUCAGUGGGUGUGUUGAUGUCAAACCUCAUCAAAAGAGAGCUGCUUCCCUCUGCUCUCAUCUGGAUUACCUCCAGACCAGCAGCAGCCAAUCAGAUCCCCAACAAUUACAUCAAGCGUGUGACAGAAAUUCAGGGAUUCAAUGACCCUCAGAAGGAGGAAUAUUUCAGGAAGAGAAUCAGUGAUAAGCAUCAAGCCAACAGAAUCAUCUCACAUAUUAGAAAAGCAAGAAGCCUCCACAUCAUGUGCCACAUACCAGUCUUCUGUUGGAUCUCAUCCACUGUGCUUCAAAAUAUCCUGAAACAAGACAACAGUGCAGAAAUCCCUCAAACUCUGACUGAAAUGUACAUCCACUUCCUGCUCAUUCAGAUCAAUAUGAGGAAUCAGAAGUAUGAAGAGAGAGAUCCAGAGAAACUCUUGCAGUCCAACAGAGAAGUGAUUGUGAAACUUGCUGAACUGGCUUUCAAACAGCUGAUGAAGGGCAAUGUCAUUUUCAAUGAGGAGGACCUGAGAGAGAUCGGCAUAGAUGUCACUGAUGCCUCAGUGUAUUCUGGGAUCUGCACUGAGAUCUUUAAGGAGGAAUCCAUGUUUCAUCAGAGGAAAGUCUACAGCUUCAUACAUCUCAGCUUUCAGGAGUUUCUUGCUGCAUUUUAUGUAUUUUACCAUUAUUUAAUAAAAAAUGUUGACACAUUGAAGUUUUUUGAUGUAGUGCAUAGUCUUCAUGUGUACGCAGUAGAUAAAGCCCUUCAGAGUGAAAAUGGACAGCUGGAUCUUUUCCUGCGAUUCCUGCUGGGAAUCUCACUGGCAUCCAAUCAGAGACUCUUACAGGAUUUACUGACACACACAGAGAACAACUCAGAGAGCAUCAGGAAAACUACACAGUACAUUAAAGACCAAAUCAAAAAUGGACGUGGACUCUCCACUGAAAGAUCCGUCAAUCUGUUCCUCUGUCUGCUGGAGAUGAAAGAUCAGACUCUGUACAGAGAGAUUCAGGAGUUUGUACAAUCAGAUAAACACUCAGAUAAUAAACUCACUGCUGCUCAAUGUUCAGCAGUUGCCUACAUGCUUCAGAUGUCAGAGGAGGUGCUGGAUGAGCUGGACCUGAAGAAAUUCAACACGUCAGAGGAGGGUAGAAGAAGAUUGAUACCAGCGGUGAGGAACUGCAGUAAAGCCUUUCUUGCUGACUGUAAUCUUACUGGUCAGCACUGUGAAAUUGUGGCUUCAGCUCUACAAUCAUCAAACUCUCUCCUGAGAGAGCUGGACCUGAGUAACAAUGACCUGCAGGAUUCAGGAGUGAAGCUGCUCUCUGAUGCACUGAAAAGUCCUCACUGUACACUAGAGAUAUUGAGAUUAUCUGGCUGUAUGGUUACUGAGGUCGGCUGUUGUUAUCUGGCUUCAGCACUAAGUUCAAACACUUCACACUUGAAAGAGCUGGAUCUGAGCUACAAUCACCCAGGAGAUUCAGGAGUCAAACUACUGUAUGAGAGACUCAGUGACCCAAACGACACACUAAACAAACUCAAAUUAGAUUUUGGAGGGCAUUUAAGGAUCACGCCAGGACUGCAAAAAUAUUUCUGUGAUCUCACACUGGAUCCAAACACGGCACACACUCGACUCAUUCUGUCUGAGGAGAACAGACAGAUUGAAUAUGUCGAAGAGCAUCAGUCAUAUCCUGACCAUCCAGAGAGAUUUGAGCACUAUGAGCAGGUUCUGUCUAAAGAGAGUCAUUCUGGACGCUGUUACUGGGAGGCUGAAUGGAGCGGCUGGAGUUAUAUAGGAAUGACAUACAAAGGAAUCAGCAGAAAAGGAGAGAAUCGGAGUAAGUUUGGAUACAAUGAAGAGUCCUGGAGUCUUUUCUGUAUUCCUGACAGAUACAGUGCCUGGCACAAUAAUAAAAACAAAGACAUACCCGCCCCUUUACCCCAAUCUAACAGAGUGGGAGUGUAUCUGGACUGGUCGGCUGGCACUCUGUCCUUCUACAGUGUCUCUGACACACGCAUACUCACACACUUACACACAUUCAACACCACAUUCACUGAACCCCUCUAUGCUGGGAUUAGGGUUUAUGAAUGCUCAGUGUUACUGUGUCAGAUUAAAUAAUCUCCUGAGGAACAACUGAGACAGAUUAACAAAAUCUAUUGCUCGUCAUCUUUUAUAACCCAGGUUCAUGAAAAACCUCUGGGAAUUCUUAAAUUGUGAUUUCCAAUCCUGUAAAGGACAUGGAAUUUAUCUGAGUAAUAUAUUUUUUCUAGUUAUGCUCAGCUCUAAAAUAUUUAAUCGGCUAGAAAUGUCUUAAUCACUUUAUGAUGAAUUUAAAUGACUCUUUCCCUGCCAUCCUACAUUUCUUACCAUCUCUCAGAUGGUUUCUUCCUUUGUGCAUGAGGAUAUAUAUGGGACGGUCAAAUACACUUCAAAAGGUAUUAAUAGAAACACAGUCAGUUAUGUCUAAAGUAAAUGUAAACACCAGCACAUAAAAGCAAAUGUAUAUCAAAAUAUUGGAUCUGAAUGGGUAACAACUGCUGAAAUUUAGGUAUAGUGACAAAACUGCCUACAAUGUAUAUUUAAAUUGUGCAUGGUAGAUCUUACUGUAAUAGCAUUAUGAAAAAGUAGAUCUCAUGACAUAAAAAUGUGAGUUGCCUACCCCUUUAAGUUUAGAUGCAUUUGUCUUUAACUAUCAUUGAUUUAGAAUAGCUAGACAGCACAGUUGUUUUUCAGGCACAGAAAGAUAUUGUUAAAGCAGCGUUUUUGUCACUGCUCAGUGAUUCAUAGAUGCAGGAAACAUUAUAAAACAGAAAGUGCCUUUUACUACUAAAAUGUCCAUGUAUGGGUGAUUCCUCAAUAAAGGGAAAUGUUUUCUCCCUUUAAAUUAUUUUACUAAUUUUUAGCUUAGAAAAGUUACAUUUUCCAGAAUUUCUCUAUGUAGGCUUGUUCCCUCCCAGUCUGUUUCACUUCCCCUUUUGUUAAUUAUUAAUAAAUGCAUGAAGUUCCAAAA